AACGGCCCGACGUGGGAGGAGCGAGCGUCUCUUCUUCGCGCCAUGGAAUGCCUGCUCAGCCCGGCCGGCCAACCGACGGGUCUGCCGCUCUUCCAACUGCUUCAGCUGCUCGCCGCCCAGAGCUCGCCCAACGGACGGCCCGCCCUGUUGCCGCUUGUCGCGGCCACCGGAGACUCGGGCUCGAGUCCCGUCGCCGCCUGUUUCAGCUCGACAAUGCCUCUUCCCCUCCUGCCCGUCGGACUGUCGACCGGUGCGCAGCAUCGGCCCGGCUCGCCGGUCGGCAAGACCAACACCACCACCGGCCUCGUUGUUCCCAUCGACCAGCCAUUCAUGCAUGACGACGCCAGGCAACAGUUGACAUGGCAAUGUCUAUUGCACACGCUGGCCGGCACUUCAUCCGGCCUCUGGGCGCCGGGCUCCAAAGGGUCCGGACUGCAGACGGUCAGUCCGGCCGGCCACGGCGACAGCCUCGCCGUCGGGAAGAUGGGCAAGAAGCCGACCACCAACACCAACACCAACACCAGCAACGUCGCCUCCGUUGCCUCGCCGACAGGCCAGUCGUCUUUCCACUCGGUCCACCGGACACCCGGUCUCCCGUCGGCCGGAGAUCUCGGCCUCCUCCUGUUGCCCGACCUCUCCGCUUCGACGCCAUUCACCCUCGCCACGGCAACAACACAACCCGUAACCAGCCCACUGGCAACUAGCCACACAACAACCAGCACAACUGCCACGACUGCUACUGCUGCUGCUGCUGCU